CCACGGACAGCAAGAACUGCUCACACUGCUUGUGUAUCCACUCAUGGAGAGACUUUCGGUCGUCACUGUUUGCGAUAACCAUCAGAGAAACCCGAGGCUCACGACUUUAUGAUUUUCACCACGGGCAAAACAUGCCGUAAAAUCUGCUUAGGGCUCAUCUGACAAAGUUGGCUGGCUGUCCUGGGACAGAACAGAUUAAAGGGGAUAGUACAUGGAUAUUUCUCAGUCGCUGGUCAAUCUCGGCUAUGAGAGCAUAAAAUUGACCACUACUUAAGCUGUUAAUCGUGGAGAAACGAAAAGAAAAGCGAGCAAGUUGGCAUGCCACCCAAGAAAAAGGGUUCGGCGGACCGUCAGGACUCAGGGGCCACUGAGGAGAAGGAGAAGAAUGCCCAAGUCCAGCUGGAGAAGGCCAAGUUUAAGCCUGUUGCUUUCGCCGUGCGCACAAACUUCACCUACACUCCUGCAGAUGAUGACAACGUCCCCAUACCAGGGCACGGGGUUUCUUUUGAAGCUAAGGACUUCCUCCAUAUCAAAGAGAAAUUUAACAAUGACUGGUGGAUUGGACGGCCUGUGAAGGAAGGGGGAGAGGUUGGUUUUAUCCCCAGCCCGGUGAACCUGGAGACGAUUCUGAUCAGAAGAGAGGUGCAGGCCAGGAAGGCCGCCAAAGCGCUGGCCAAUAAAGCGGCUACUGCUGCCAAAGAUGAUUUGAAUGCAAAGAAAGCUGCUCCGCCACAAACAGUUCAGCAAGUGAAGAAGAAAUCGGGAGAGCAACUGGCUGCAUAUGAUGUUGUGCCUUCCAUGCGUCCUGUGGUGCUCAUGGGGCCUUCGCUUAAGGGCUAUGAGGUUACAGACAUGAUGCAAAAAGCUCUCUUUGAUUUUUUAAAACACAGAUUUGAAGGAAGAAUUACUAUCACCAGGGUGACAGCAGAUAUUGCACUUGCCAAGCGAUCGAUCCUCAACAACCCCAGCAAGCACGCCAUAAUGGAUCGCUCCAACACCCGCUCCAGUUUAGCCCAAAUCCAAGGAGAGGUUGAGAGGAUUUUUGAGUUAGCACGCAGUCUACAGCUUGUGGUUCUGGACGCAGACACCAUUAACCAUCCUCUCCAACUCAGCAAGACCUCCUUGGCCCCGAUCCUGGUGUAUGUCAAGAUUUCAUCACCCAAGGUUCUGACAAGAUUGAUAAAGACCAGGGGCAAAUCUCAGACUAAACAUCUGAAUGUUCAGAUGGUGGCCGCAGACAAACUGGCCCAGUGUCCCAAUGAGCUGUUCGAUGUCAUCUUGGAUGAGAACCAGCUGUCAGAUGCCUGUGAACACAUUGCUGAUUAUCUGGAGGCCUACUGGAGGGCCACACACCCUCCUGAAAUGGAGCCUCCCAACCCCAUGCUGGAGAAGCUGGCAGAAAACACACUCCCCACCAGUCCCACACCUGCUAAGGAUGAACAGAAAAGCAAGAAGACGGCCGCCACCAAGAGAAAAGGAUCUCAAGAGCACCAGCAGGAGCAUCAGCCCCAGGCUCAGGAGAUGAGAGAGGAGGAAGAGGAGGAAGAAGAGGAAGUGCAGGAGGAGGCCGAGGAGGAGGAGAGGCUCCUUCGUAGUGAGCCAAAGAGACACAGCCAUCAUCACCACCACCAUCACCACCACCACCGCUCCAGCACCAGCCGACCGACAGAGCCCCACAACAACCACCAGCAGCAGAUGCGCCACCAGCAGCCCGCCGACAUGGAGCUGCUUCCCGCUAAAGACGCUUCGUACGCGGAGUCCCGGAGCAGGCGCACGCUCCCGGGCGAGGGCGACCCGGACCAAACCGAGGUCUACCACAAUAGGACUACAACUCAAAGGGACCAUAACCACCACCAUCACAACCGACAUCACCAUCACCGCCGCGGGACCACAGACGUUCAGCCGGAUUAUUCCCACCACAGGCAGCAGGACUAUGAGCUGGAGCACAACGAGCACAACAGGCAACAGAGACAGUCGAGCCAGCUGCGCUCACACAAACAAUCGCACCACAAUCACUAUCACUACCAGGGACGGGAGCGGGACAGGGACAGAGACAGGGACAGGUGUGUCGAGACCGAGGAGUGGACUGAAGACAUGUACAUUCAUCGCUGAGAUGGACGUUGUUUUAAUGCUGCUAUGUGAAAUGCUGGCUACCGUGUACUCAGGACAACAUGGUUUCUCUUUCUUUAUCCAUUCCGCUGUGUUAUUGCCUCCUCUGGUCCACAUCUAAUUUCCUUGAUUUUCAGUUUUCAUUCAUAUACUGUAAUUCUGUGUUCCUCUGGCUUUAGAUUUAGAAUUUUUAGAUUUUUUUAUAAAAGAUUUCAGCACAUUGGUCCUUCCAGUCCUGAGUAUGUUCUUACAUUUUUUUUUUUUUUUUUUGUGCUUACAUCUUUGCUUGUUACCGGUUCUGUUUCCUGAUAUGUACAUAUGCAAACUGGACACGUCUUAUACUUUCAAGCUCUUACCUCAUGUUUAUUUGUCACCCCUGAGAAAGAUAACUGGAUCUGUUGACAUUCUUUUUUUUAUUAAUUUUUUUUCAGUUGGUUUUUGUAGAACGUGCUGCCACACUACUGGUAAAUAUGAAAAUAUUAACAGUAUAAUAAGGGAAUAGUCACACAGUAAUUUUGAUAUUUUCAUGUCUGAGAAAAAAAUGGGAUUAAAUGGGUUAAUUAUGCAUUCACAUUGUGCUGCUAUUGGCUGCAUGAAACAAUUCUCACUUGGGCUUUUCAGCUCAAGGAUGGGAAAUUCAGUUUUUUUACCAACAUUUCAAACAAUGACUGUCUAGUCUAGUUAUUUUUUUAUUUUUAUUUUUCACCUUAUUUUUACAUACAGUACAAGGACUGCCCUUUAUAAUUGUAAUGUGCAAGGCUUCUGGGUCAAUCGCUUCCGGUUAUUUUAGCUGUACAAAAACAAUCUGUAUGCUGCUUGAAGUUGAAAAUUAGUGUUUGUUAUUAUAUCCUUUUAAUUGAUCAAAAUCAUAAAUGUGCUGAUUUGUAUUUCAACUAAAUGUGUUUUAAAUAAUUUUAUUAUACUUUUUUUAUUAUCAGUUAUCUUUCCUAAUGAAUCAGAAGUCUUGCACAUUUACAUAAAAAUGCUAAAUAAAAUAAAAUGGAUAUUUUGGAUGUUAAAAUAUUUUCUGUUAUGCUAGUUUAAAACACAGAAACAACAACACAUUUGUAGGUUAAUUUAACUGAAAAGUAUAAACAUUGUGGCUCUGUGGAACAACACACACACACACACACAAAGAUUUAACCAUCUCAACCAGCCUGACAGCAACGGCUGUCAUCAGUAUUAUCUAUUUGUCUGACCAAUGGCAGAUGGGGGAGUGCUCAAGACGCCUGUCUGAAAAAUAAAAUAUGUUUUAUUAUUUCAUUUAGUGACACUACUAAGAGCAGUUUUACAGUCGGCAUAAAUUACUGUUUGCAACCUAUUUUCCAUAAUCUGACACAUCUCAGAGGGACACAGAAUUUCAGUGAGAUUCAAAGCAGAAUAUUUAUUUUCAUUUUUCAAUUUCACGUCGGCUUUAAUGUAUACAUAGUUCAGUGUUUAGUUUGGCCUGGUUUUCUAGGUGUAUGUCACAGAAAUAAAUCCGGAUUUUAUUCACAAAUUUCAUACAAUGCAUUAUUUGUGUCAAUAUAAAGACCUUAGUUUGUUAUUUGCUCAUGCAAAAUUAUUUCAAAUGAACACUUUUAAUGUUUAUUAAACAGUUUCAUUCUGUUCCAUAUUUAUAAUAUAUACAAUGAGAUCAUUUUAGCCAACCAGCUGCAUGUAUUCAUGAUUUUCAAAAUGUUUGUUUAAAUAUAUACAGUAUAUAUCAAAUGGAUAUAUAAUGGAAAAUAUACAAUUUUCUUAAUCAUUAUUUUCAACUUCAUAAAGUAAAAAGGCACACUCAAAUGUCCUUUAAGGAAUAAGUACAAUGAUUCAGAAAAUACCUAUUUUACUACAACUGCAUGGUAAAAGUUUUUUUCUGGUUUUGUUAGAAAUGAAAAGAGGAAGAUGGCAAUGAUCUCUGAUCUCUUCAUAUUUUCAGUGUAUCUGGAACCAUGACGUUUAUUUACACUUGAUACCUUUAUGUUUCCUGAGUACUCUAUGCAUUAGUUUGUGACAACACAAUAGCUUGAAAAUUGUUUCUAUGCAUUUGUAUAUACCUCAUAAAUGCCUUUGUAGAUACUGGAUUGAUAAAACUGAUACUGCUGCACUGUAAUUUAGAUGUACUUCUGUAUUCAGUUGGUCUGACUGAAUAUUGUGAAAUGUUCUCCUAAACAAAUAAUGCACACGUACGAUUUACCAUUUGAUGUUUUCGUGCAUUGUUGUCGUGCAUGUGGCUCUUAUUGUGCAUUCACCUCACUAUAGUAACAAUUUACAGCAAGUUUCAAUUUGUUAACAUUAACAAUGAAAAAUACUUUUAAAGCAUUUAUUUAUUUAUUGUUCAUGUUAAUUUCAGCUUUUGAUUUUAAUAAUGUGAACGUUUUAUUGCUUUUAUUUGAUCUUUUUAUGCAUUAACUAACAGGACCUUAUUGUAACGUUGCCAAUAUUACGAAGGAUUUUUUUUUUUUUUUUUAUCACAGAUUUAGUAUAAAUAUAAAAUCAGUACAGUUCUGAAAACAAAGAAGUUUAUAUAACAAACUUCUAUAUUUGAAUGCGUAUCAGGAAAUACAUUAAUUUCCUUACGGUUGAAAUAGCCACUAAAUUCAAAGAGGGGAUAACAUUUUCUGAAACUAAAAAUGGAAAAGUUAAAUUGCAAAUGUUGCCAUGUCAGCUGACCUUUAUACAUAAUUUUGUCCUGUUUUUGGCACUGCACUUCCAUGCUAACUAAACUAAUUUGCAUUCUA